GCAGAGACUGGCGCUGCGCCGGCACGAUUUAAGUGGGUCGCACCUGUUGCGUGACUCCUCCACGGUCCAGCCACGGGCGUCCGACCCCGAAUACUCAGGGAGCGUUGAGAGAAGCCCAGACGAGUUCCGGGUCCUGCUUUCUGGGGAGCACGUGGCCUGCCCGUGUCUUGAGUGCGGGGCUGGGGGUCGGGACGCCGGCGUUUCCCUAGGCCAGUCAGGCCACCGAGGUCGGCUGGGAUCCGCCUCCAGCCAGUUGGCGAUUUUGAAAACCUGCCUUUCUUCCCCCAUCUCAUUGCCUGGGCAGGGGUCCUUGGAGCGACUUGGCCAGGGUCUGGGCCCCAGCCCCUCCUUCAAGACCCGGACUUCCCCGCUGGGAAGGUCUGCUGGGCGGCCUCCCAGGUGCCCCUCGGGACUCGGGCAGCAUGGCCUCAGAGGCUCGGGGUGGUCUGGGGGCCCCUCCACUGCAGUCUGCCCGAUCCCUGCCGGGCCCCGCCCCCUGCCUCAAGCACUUCCCGCUCGACCUGCGCACGUCUAUGGAUGGCAAAUGCAAGGAAAUUGCCGAGGAGUUGUUCAGCCGCUCACUGGCUGAGAGUGAGCUCCGCAGUGCCCCAUAUGAGUUCCCCGAGGAGAGCCCCAUCGAGCAGCUGGAGGAGCGUCGGCAGCGGCUGGAGCGGCAGAUCAGCCAGGAUGUCAAGCUGGAGCCGGACAUCCUGCUUCGGGCCAAGCAAGAUUUCCUGAAGACGGACAGUGACUCAGACCUACAGCUGUACAAGGAGCAGAGUGAGGGGCAGGGUGACCGGGGCCUGCGGGAACGUGAUGUGGUGCUGGAACGGGAAUUUCAGCGGGUCUCCAUCUCCGGGGAGGAGAAGUGUGGGGUGCCAUUCACGGACCUGCUGGACGCAGCUAAGAGUGUAGUGCGGGCACUCUUCAUCCGGGAGAAGUACAUGGCCCUGUCUCUGCAGAGUUUCUGCUCUACCACACGCCGUUACCUGCAGCAGCUAGCUGAGAAGCCUCUGGAGACACGGACCUAUGAGCAGGGCCCUGACACCCCAGUGUCUGCUGAUGCCCCCGUGCACCCGCCCGUGCUGGAGCAGCACCCGUAUGAGCACUGUGAGCCAAGCACCAUGCCUGGGGACCUGGGCUUGGGUCUGCGCAUGGUGAGGGGUGUGGUGCACGUCUACACCCACAGGGACCCCGAUGAGCACUGCUCGGAGGUGGAGCUGCCCUACCCCGACCUGCAGGAAUUUGUGGCUGACGUCAAUGUGCUGAUGGCCCUGAUUAUCAACGGCCCCAUAAAGUCGUUCUGCUACCGCCGGCUACAGUACCUGAGCUCCAAGUUCCAGAUGCACGUGCUGCUCAAUGAGAUGAAAGAGCUGGCCGCCCAGAAGAAAGUGCCGCAUCGCGAUUUCUACAACAUCCGCAAGGUGGACACUCACAUCCAUGCCUCAUCCUGCAUGAAUCAGAAGCAUCUGCUGCGCUUCAUCAAACGGGCGAUGAAGCGGCACCUGGAAGAGAUCGUGCACGUGGAGCAGGGCCGUGAGCAGACGCUACGGGAGGUCUUUGAGAGCAUGAAUCUCACCGCCUACGACCUAAGUGUGGACACACUCGAUGUGCACGCGGACAGGAACACCUUCCAUCGCUUUGACAAGUUCAAUGCCAAAUACAACCCUAUUGGGGAGUCUGUCCUACGAGAGAUCUUCAUCAAGACAGACAACAGGAUUUCUGGAAAAUACUUUGCUCACAUCAUCAAGGAGGUGAUGUCAGACCUGGAGGAGAGCAAAUACCAGAAUGCGGAGCUGCGGCUUUCCAUCUAUGGGCGCUCGAGGGACGAGUGGGACAAGCUGGCGCGCUGGGCCGUGAUACACCGUGUGCACUCUCCCAAUGUGCGCUGGCUCGUACAGGUGCCCCGCCUCUUUGACGUGUACCGUACUAAGGGCCAGCUGGCCAACUUCCAGGAGAUGCUGGAGAACAUCUUCCUGCCACUAUUCGAGGCCACCGUGCACCCUGCUAGCCACCCAGAGCUGCAUCUGUUCUUGGAGCAUGUGGAUGGUUUUGACAGUGUGGAUGAUGAGUCCAAGCCCGAGAACCAUAUCUUCAACCUGGAGAGCCCCCUCCCUGAGGCCUGGGUGGAGGAGGACAACCCACCCUACGCCUACUACCUAUACUACACCUUCGCCAACAUGGCCAUGUUGAAUCACCUGCGCAGGCAGAGGGGCUUCCACACAUUUGUGCUGAGGCCGCACUGCGGGGAGGCUGGGCCCAUCCAUCACCUGGUGUCGGCAUUCAUGCUGGCUGAGAACAUCUCCCACGGGCUGCUUCUGCGCAAGGCCCCAGUCCUGCAGUACUUGUAUUACCUGGCCCAGAUUGGCAUCGCCAUGUCCCCACUCAGCAACAACAGCCUCUUCCUCAGCUACCACCGGAACCCACUGCCUGAGUACCUCUCCCGUGGCCUCAUGGUUUCACUGUCUACUGAUGAUCCCUUGCAGUUCCAUUUCACCAAGGAGCCACUGAUGGAAGAAUACAGCAUUGCCACCCAGGUGUGGAAGCUCAGCUCCUGUGACAUGUGUGAGCUGGCCCGCAACAGUGUGCUCAUGAGUGGCUUCUCCCACAAGGUAAAGAGCCACUGGCUGGGACCCAACUAUACCAAGGAGGGUCCUGAGGGCAAUGACAUUCGUCGCACCAAUGUGCCAGACAUCCGUGUGGGCUAUCGCUAUGAGACCCUGUGCCAGGAGCUGGCGCUCAUCACGCAGGCCAUCCAGAGUGAGAUGCUGGAGACCAUCCCGGAGGAGGUGGGCAUUGCCACAAGCCCAGGGCCUCAGUGAGCCUUGGCCACGCAGGGCGCACCACACCUCAGCACCUUGACCACGUCUUGUUCUCGGACUCCUCCUUUCCCGUUGUGGCCUCUGCAUGUCUCGGUUUUUCUUUGUUUCUGUCUUGCAUGUCUCUGAUCAUGUCCCUGUCACUGGGUAACUCCAGUGAAAGUGAUGCCUAGGAGUCUGCUUUGCCGUUGUCUUGGCUUAGGUGGCACCUGAUGGCUGAGGUUUUGAGGGCUGGCCCUGCUGGUGGCCCUGUUCCAGGAUCCGCAGAAAGCCUGGCUGUCCUGUGGGUGUCUCCAGUGUCCACAGCAGCCUGGGAUGGUUGUGGGGGGCUGGCCCCUCUAGUCUUUGGGGUCCUUUCUGAGCAAAUUUGAGCUUUGGCUGGGGUUAAAGCUUUUGCCUCUGUCCUUAUGUGGUGGAGGGUCAGUCUGGUAGGGCAUGUACACCUCUGUUUUGGGCACGGGGCUGCUGAGGGUCUGUGGAGCUCCAGCAGCUCUGCAUUGGAUAGAGUCAGAAUGAGAGUCCAGUCACAGCUCUGGGCUGCCUGGCCUGAGGGAGUGGACUCGGGCGUUGGAGGUGCUGGACCACCACCUCCACCAAGUCAUUGCCCAGCGGCCUUCUCCGUCCUUUCCCUGGCCCAUGUGCUCCUCCUCUGGUGUCAGCUUCCCCUGCCUCUGUGGGAGGAGGCAGCUGCCUUGUGCUGUGUUUAGGGCCACUGCAGCUGAAGAAUCUUGGAUAUGUGACUAGCCCUGGGGGUGGUAUCCCCAGUAUAUUUCCAGUGCUUUGGCCAGACCUGGAUCCUGGCUGGCCCCUGUGUUGUGUUCUGGACCGAGGCCUUUGCUGUGAAAUGCAGUUUCAUACAAUCCAUCUUUCCUAGUG